CCAGGCCUCCACCACCUCCAGUGCAAAUGUUUACCAAUCCAUGUUACUCUCUCUAGUCAGAUACUUAAAAAAAUCAAUAAUGCAACCUCAGAUAUUCUGAGUUUAAAGUCAAGAAAUAACAGCAACGGUUUAGCAGAUUUCCUAUGCAGAAUCUGUAAGAAGCAUUUGGAAGACUCAUUUGUUUGUGCACGUAGGAAAAAGUGGGCACGGUGUAAACCCUGGAUUGAGAGACACAUUGCCCCACUAGGUUGCAAAUACAUUGUCCUAAUACGGAACCACAGGAGGAGCUUCUAAUGAAGGAAUUCAUUAAGAGGUUCCAACAUGAUAAUAGAUGGGUCAAGAAAAGUCAACCAACUUACAAAAUGGCUUCUCCUAUCAUCAGUGUUUCUCCUUACUGACUCUGCUCAAACAGGAAGCCCGGUAACUUCUGAGGCAGGCCGUGCGGUUGAUGCAGAUGAGAACCAGAGCAGCCCCCCACCCCCUGGCCUGCUUAAUGUUACCAAGGGCAAGAAGCCUUCUCUGCAGCCCAAACCAUCACCACCGCUUCUUGGCAUCUAUAGUGUAAGAAACCCUGAAGACGGCAACAUAUGCUUGAAAGCUGUUCUGGGAGUAGAGUUUAUGGUCACAGUUAACAAGAAAUUCUACUAUUUCAACAUGAACCCCCUUGCAACACGUGCCACCGGAUACUGUGGGAAUACGAGUGCUGUUCUCUCUUUGGAGUUUGAUGGGGGAUAUCUUGAGUUCCAUUUUGUCAAGGAGGCCAAAGCGUAUUACACCCGUAGGCUAAGUGCUCUUUUGGAGCCGGCUCCUGUGUGUAAGAAAUGCAAAACCCAGCCCUUUCCUGGGACACAGGACAAUAAAAAGUUGUUCAAAACCACCGCAGGACUCAGUUUCAAGUGUAAAUCUGAGCUGGUGGUCAAGAUGGCUUCAGACCUGAGGCUUAAAAUUGUACCUGCACAAUUCCAGCCCUUUAAUUUGUCAAAUGGGCAGUUUGGAAAAGACUUUGAAUGCUGGGAGGACUACAUCAGACGUAUCGUACCCAUCAUACUUGGGGCCAUAGCUGUUGGAGUCGCCCUGAUUGCCGUAGUAUCUUACUUAGUAAUUCGUGAAUAUCGCAAUCGAGGAUAUGAAAGCCUGUGAUACAACCUAGAUGCAAUGGAUUGAUAUCUUAUUUUGUGUACACAUUCAUUUGUAAUAUUGAAUAUCAAGGAUAAACUCUGAAUAUCAAAAGAGCCAUGUAAACGUACACAUUUUCAAAGUGACAUAUGCAUGAUUAUCUAUGUGAACAUAUUUAUACAAACUAUUUCAAAUAUUUUUUUUUAUCUGUAUGACAACUGUUACAUUAUUUUAACAGAACAAAAACACUCCAGGGUAAAGCUUCACACAAAACUACUCAUGCAUAACAGCCAGGAACUACAUUUCUCUGCACCACAUUUAGGUUAGAAAUGGAAAUGUUCAUGGCAUAGACAUCGGAAAACAUGGUUCGAAGUGAGCGAAACGACAUAGAAAUGAAAUAUGCACAUAAAUGUAUUGCAAUGCGCCCAUUUAAUGCUGAAAUAAAGUGCUUAUAACACUGCGA